CAUUGGACCUACGUCAUCAUUAUAUUUGUACCUCACAUCGUCACUAAACGUCAAUAAGUUGCAAUUUGUACAAAUUGUUAAAAUGCGGGGUGUUUAAUAUAAUUUAGGCAAAGUAAAUAGACCACCGUGACUGACAUUUUGGAAUUCCAACCUAAAAAUAAGGUUAUUGUGUCGCACCGUAUUUUCUACAAGUGGAGAAUGUCCAACGUUGAAAGGACGACAAAAAUAUCCAAAGUAUUACGUUUGAAAGCUCAAGAAUUUCUAUCUUCAUAUAAAUAUGCAGACAAUCUAGUUGACAUUAUCAGGCAUUUUGAAACCGGUGCCGAUUUAUUAGCAUGCCUCCUUUCGCUCGAAUUGAUUUUUACAAAUCUCUUAAAGGAGAGGCAGAUGUUUGUGCAGAUUGUGCCAUUGAAGCCGCCGGAGGUCACCCCAGAGUUACAAUACAAGGAAUGGUUGCGACAUAUCUACGAGGAAUGCUUUAAUAAAAUACUAAAUUGCUGUGAGUCUUCGCCUACAAAAAUUCAAAUCCAAGGUUUGACAACUGCCAUGAAUCUGAUUAACUAUGAAGCAAAGUAUCCACUCGAAGCAAAGCUUAAUUUGAGAAAUUAUAUACCUUUAAACAAAUUAAAAGCAGUGUUAAUGAAGCUGCUUACUUCUAAAGAGAAUACUUCGCAUUUAAUUCAAAAGUAUGAAGAGUAUUUAGUUUAUGACGAUGUUUUAUUUUUCACUUGGAAAAUAUUACCGUCACUAACCGCCAAGGCGAACCCCAAUGAAUUUUAUAUGCUAAAUUAUUUACAACUGAUGGAGAAAAUGCAAGUGAAGCGAAAUGACGACCCUAAGGCGAUGUGCUGGAUUGACGGCGAUGAAAAAUUGACCUUUCACUUUGACCAGGUUAAGACAAAACGGUACUUAAACAAAAUCUGGAAUUGCCUGAUGCUAUGGCAGCACACGCCCGCCACCCACAAGCAGUUGCUGAUAGUGUUACUGGAACGGGUACUUCCCCACUUAGAGAAGCCUUUGCUGAUGACUGAUUUUUUAAUGGACUCGCUAGAUGUAGGCGGACCAGUUAGCCUUUUAGCACUUCAGGGAAUGUUCACCAUGAUCCAGGUGCACAAUCUCGAAUAUCCAAAUAUUUUCGCUAAAUUAUAUUCAAUGUUCGAACCGGAAAUUUUUCACACAAAGUUCAAGGCGAGGCUCUUCUACUUGUCAGAUUUAUUUUUAAGUUCAUCGCACCUUCCCGGGGCGAUGGUAGCCGCAUUCGCAAAACGGUUGGCACGAUUGGCUUUAAUCGCACCGUCUGAAGAUAUAAUUAUAAUUUGUAUGUUCAUUGGGAAUUUAAUUAUAAGGCAUCCAAAUUUGAAAUCUCUCUUAAAUCGUCCAAACGGCGGUAGUGCAACCUCAGAUCCGUAUAUUAUGGACGAGCGUGAUCCACUAAAGUCGAACGCGAUGAACAGUUCGUUGUGGGAAAUACAGACAUUACAGCAUCACGUUCUCCCUAGUGUGGCGACAGCGGCUCGUUUCAUCAACUCGCCACUACCGAAGGUGGAAUGGGAUUUUAGCAAGAUUUUAGAUAGUACCGGAGACGAUAUAUUUGAUAAAGAAAUUAAGAAAAAUAGUAAACUAAUAGUAUUAGCAUUUGAUAGACCGAACGGUUCCUGUUUAACGCGAGGAGAAAAAAUUGCGUUGCACUGGAACAUUUAAGUUGAACGUAUAGUGUCCCAUCUCCCUCCCCAGUCGAACAUUUUGUUGCUUUAAAUAAUAUUUUUAAUAACCAAAAUUCCGUAACUUGCCCUCAUCACACGUCGGAUUUUUUCUAGUCGUCAGUUGUACGCAAUUAGGUGUCUCUUCGUUUAUGAAGAGGUUGAUAAAUUUGUGGACCAUAUCAUUUUAUUACGCUUACUAGGUUUUGUUACAUUUCGUUUGUCAGUAGUUACAAGCUUCAACCUAUAUACUACAUGUAUGUAAGUUUAAUAUACAAAUCUAAGCGUCAUAUUACUGUGUUACAUCCUUUUGUUACUGAUAUUAUUUUAAGCUUAAUCUUUAAUAAAUCGUUGCUUUUUGUAAA